AUGUCUGGAGACGCGACAAACGUGCCGGCCUUGCCGAAGAAACUCGACGCAAGUACACAAUCGACAUCAAAGGAAUGGAAUACACGUAGUCUAGGCCUUCGGUUUGCGGCCGAUGCGGCGAGCGCAGCGGUUGCUGGGGCUCUGAUUUGUCCUCUUAUUACGGUUAUUGAUCGGGCAAUCAUGGAGAAAGCGUCAAAAGGAAUAUCAAUCAGUCACACGAUAUCGUCUUGUUUCAAAUCCAUGGCAAAACACCCCGCUGGUUUCUUUUGCUCAACGCCCUUUAUCCUUAUCUACGCCUUGUACGGCGGUACCUAUCUGACGGCGAAUGCAAUCGAUACGGUCACAUCGACGCUGCGCAAUCAGUCGUUUUCGACGGUGACGCCCGGGACAGCAAAGUUCCUGGCGACGACAACGGUCAACAUGUCCAUUUGCGUAUACAAGGAUGCGCGGUUUGCGAAACUCUUUGGUCCGUCAACCAAUCCUUCGACUCAGUGUCAUCCGCCUGGCACAGCGACGGCAUCCGCGGCGGUCUCUGCAGCUACAGCGGCAGCCACCACAGCAGUGAAAAAGGGUCCACAAAUACCCAAAAUGUCGUAUACGUUGUUCUGUCUGAGAGACAGCGUGACGAUAUUCGCAUCCUUUAAUGUCCCCGCCUUGAUUGCCCCUUCGAUUCCCGAUUUUAUCGCGUCGACGCCGAAUAUGAAGGCCGCCCUGGCCCAGUUUGCCUGUCCCGCUCUGAUGCAGUUUGUGAGCACGCCCAUGCACCUGCUGGGUCUGGAUUUGUAUAACCGGCAACCGCCCGGCGGGUUGGGAUGGCGAGAUCGCCUUUUGAGGAUUCGGAGGGACUAUAUUGUCAGCUCUUUCGCACGAAUGGGCAAGAUCGUGCCUGCGUAUGGUGUGGGUGGUGUCGUGAAUGUACGGCUGAGAGCGGCUUUGAUGGAGAAGUUGCAGCUGCAAGACGGUCACAAGCACCAAUUAUCUCCUCUAUAG